GAAGGCGUACGUGCCCUAUCGCGACAGCAAAAUGACGCGGAUCCUGCAGGACUCGCUGGGCGGGAACUGCCGCACCACCAUGUUCAUCUGCUGCUCCCCGUCCAGCUACAACGACGCCGAGACCAAAUCCACGCUCAUGUUCGGCCAGAGGGCCAAGACGAUCAAGAACACGGCGUCGGUGAACCUGGAGCUCACGGCCGAGCAGUGGAAGAAGAAGUUUGAGAAGGAGAAGGAGAAGAACAAAGCUCUGAGGGAAACGCUGGCACGGCUGGAGGCUGAGCUGAGCCGCUGGCGGAGCGGGGAAGCCGUGCCCGAGACGGAGCAGCUGAACGAGGCUGAGGCAGAAACGGGGCAGGGCGAGGGGCCAGGUGAGGGCCAAGGGGGGGCCCCCGAGGAGCCCCCCCUGAAUGACAACAGCUCCUCCAUCGUCAUCCACAUCUCGGACGAGGAGCGCCACAAGUACGAGGAGGAGAUCCGCAAGCUCUACAAGCAGCUGGAUGACAAGGAUGACGAGAUCAACCAGCAGAGCCAGAUCAUGGAGAAGCUCAAGCAGCAGAUGCUGGACCAGGAGGAGGUGAGGGCCCUGCCCCCACCCAGUGAUGCCCCCUCUGUCUGA